GGAGGGGUGAGAAAAAGUCGUAUAAAAGGCGAGAGAAAAGUCGAUAGGGAUCAGUCGAGCGAGUAUCUCCGACACGGUAACAGCUGCAUUCCACUAUCUGCCACAAGCUGCAUUCAUCAGUUCUCAAUCAUUGUCGUAAAAAAGGAGAGAAGGCGAUAGAAAUCAGUCGAGUGAGAAUCUCCGACACGGUAAUUGCAGUCUGUAGUCACUAUUCGUUACCAACUGCAUUCUUUGUGGUAUUAUCAGUUCGUAAUCAUGGUCACAAUCGGAAAAAUUUGAUGUUCACGCUUGGAGGUCACAAGAAACAUUUCGUAAAACUGGCAUGCGGUGGUGAAGAGGUUAGGUGAGAACCGGACGUUUUGCAUCAUUAUCAGAAAGUAAACUAUGUCGUCGUGCUGAUGUUGGGGAAUGUAUCGGCUCGUUCAACCACUGGUGUACUGAUGUCUUCUGGGUAUGGCGGGUAUGAAACCGCGACGCCGCACGUUACUACACCGAGGCCCCUAAGUACUACACUACCAAGUCUCCAGAUUAUUACACCACUACUUCGCUGCCCCGAACUACUACACCGAAUCCCCGAAAUAUUAUUCUUCCCCAAGCUACGCCAUCAAAGGGUCGAGUACUACAUCGAGGACCCUGAUUACUACACCACUACAUAUCAUGGUCGUAUAACAGGAGAGAAGGCGAUAGAUACAGUCAAAUGGUUAUCACCGACAUGGCAACAACUGUAGUGCAGUAGUGGUCACCAACUGCAUUCUUCAUCGUACAACCAGUUUUGCAAUCAUGGUAACUAUUUUGUCGUGCUGCUGUUGGGUGUCGUUUCGUUGAUGGCUGAGUCGACCACUGGUGUACUAAUGUCUCCUGGGUAUGGCGGAUCCCAAAGCACGACGCCGCCGUCUUACUAUGCAACAACAACAAAUGACACGACCAGUUACUACACCGAGGCCCCCAAGGAACCGGAGUAUUACACAACUACAAAUGCCGCGCCAGCUUAUUACACCGAGGCUCCCAAGUACUACUCUGCUCCCAGCUACUACACCGAGGUUUCAGCUUAUUACACCACUGAAACAGUUGAAUACUACACCGAAGUAAUCAUGGUAAACAAUGGCCUGCUGCUGUUAGGUGUUGAAUCGUUGAUGGCUGGAUUGACCACUGGUGUGUCGAUGUCUCCUGGAUAUGGCGGUUAUCAAACCACAACGCCGGCGUCUGACUGCACGACAACAACAACAUACGCAACGACCAGUUACUACACUGAGGCCUCCAAGUACUACACCACCAAUAUUCCAGAUUGUAUACAAAAACAUAAGCUGUCCCGAGUUACUACACAGAAGCCCCGAAGUAUUAUUCUUCCCCGAGUUCCACCACCAAGUCAUCGGAGUAUUACACAACUUCGUAUGCAGCGCCAGCUUACUACACCGAGGUUCUCAAGAACUACUCUGCUCUCAGCUACUCCACCGAGGCUCCAGCUUAUCACACCACUAACGGUCGAAAACUUCACAGAAGUGCCAAAGUACUACUCUGCCCCGAGCUACACAACCCUAACUGAGGCGGCCAAGUAUUACGUAGCCCUAACUUUCUACACAACUGCUGCCCCUUCGUAUUACGCUGAACCAAAAUACUACACUGAAGACCCAGUUUGCUACACCACAACCUACGCUACACUCUGCUACUACACCGAAGCUCUGAAGUAGUACACUACGAAGGAACCUGAGUUUUAUGCCACUACAUACGAUGUUCCGACCUGCUACACCGAAGUUUUAAGUAUUACUCUGCUCCGAGUUAUUACACCACUAAGGGAUCUGAAUGUUACACCACGACCGACGGUUCUCCAGAUAACUACAAGGAGGCUUCUAAACUAGAUCUGAAAUUGUUUUUCAUGUGAUUUCACUGAGAAUUGUUGUUGAUGUUGAAUGAGAAAUAAAUUUGUAUGCGGGUAAACAUCUUGUAAAACUU